CAGGCGGAGCCAUGAUACCCCCUCCGCCCAACAUAAGUGGUCCACCGCGCCCUGGAAUGCUACCAGCGCCCCCUAUGGGUGGUCCUCCCAUGAUGCCUAUGAUGGGCCCGCCUCCACCUGGGAUGAUGCCUGGUGGACCAGAAACUAGAAAAGAACAGCUGAUCCGAAUCGGACCAGACUGUGGCAUCUUCCCACGCUUCCACCUGGAGCCAGCCCCAGGCAUGCGACCGCCAAUGGGAGGCCAUAUGCAGAUGAUGCCUGGACCGCCCAUGAUGCGCCCUCCAUCUCGCCCCAUGAUGGUGCCCAUCAGACCUGGCAUGGUGCGGCCCGAUCGAUAGGCGCCGCCGCCCUCGCCUCCUGAGACAUGACUGCUGCUGCUGCAACCCACCACCCACCGAUCUGGAGUUUAGUGCAUUUUCUGAUGGCGGGUGAACACCUCCUCGCUCCACUUGGUUUCACUGUGUGUACCAGGUUUUCAUUUGAAGUUUUGACAAGCUUUUUGGGUGCCAUGAUUUUAAUGUUUCUUUUUUUUUGUUUUUUUUUUAUUUUGUACUGUGUUGAGUGAUAAAUUAUUUGAAUCCUGUUGUGCAAAAUGUUUUUUUUUCCCUGUGUGAACAGUUUCAGCCCAAAAAGCUGAAGAAUAAAUUGUGAAACAAAAGGAGUGUCUUGGGUCUGGCAGCUAUAAGAUGCUUUUGUUCUGUGCUUAUGUAUCUUUAUUUUGUCACUUCAGUGAUGUUGUAUGAAGCUUCAAUUUCUUUCUCUGACAUUUCCUAAGUAAUGGAAAAGAUUGACAUUUAUUUGCAAAAGCUGUGGUGCAGGUACAAAGUGGAUCAUAGAUGGGUUUGUAAUGUUGUACUUGCCAUGUUGUCCUCAGGUCACAUUUUUGCUGUCAGUUUUAAAUGAGACUACACUACUCAUUACAUUAUUGAGUUAAAAAAAAUAUUUUAAGAUUGCACACUUCAUGUUCUCUGUGUUCUUCACCUGGCCUGUUUAAAUAAAUUUGCUCGAAAUGAGCAAAUCACUCCGAAUCAACAGAUUUUUAAUUCUGAAUCUACAAUCUCUUUAUUAGAAAGGGAUAGUUGUCUUUAUUUCCUUUGAGCCAUUACAAAGAUUCUAGUUACAGUACAUCUGAUUCAGGUAUGUGGUGGAUGGUCUCAUUGUUAUUAAAAACAGUAUGCUUUAUAAAUGCUGUAUAUAAAUAUAAAUAAACGCACUUCAUUGUAAAAACAGUUGUCAUUGUUUUGAAAAGCAGGAAUUAUGACUUGGAAUGAAUUUGUUCUAGCUGUUUUUUUAAUAUUCAAUGGGUGGCGCUAGAAUGCCAUAAAAUGGUUUGCGUUGUUGAGACGGGCCAUUUUGGCUCAAAAGUAAACUCAUUCGUCUGUGUCCACCUUUUAAUAGCGCUGUGCUUUCUGGGACGGUGGAAGACUGGAUGACCGGCGCUCUUGAGUGCCCUGGAUGAAAACUAAAAAGGGUUUUUUUUUCUUCUCUUUUUGAAGAUGCCGGACGGGGGAAAAUGUGGUAGAACAGAGGGUCCUCUAAAAAGCAAUUUCUGGUCUCCUUAAGGGGUCGCCAGCCAUGGCAGGGAUUAUUAAAAAGCAAAUCUUGAAACAUUUAUCCAGGUUCACCAAGAACCUCUCCCCCGACAAGAUCAACCUGAGCACGCUCAAGGGGGAGGGGCAGCUGUCGAACCUGGAGCUGGACGAGGAGGUGCUGCAGAACAUGCUGGACCUGCCCACCUGGCUGGCCGUCACCCGCGUCUACUGCAACAAGGCCGCCAUCCGAAUACAAUGGACAAAGCUGAAGACCAGCCCCAUCUGCCUGUUCCUGGACAAGGUGGAGGUGGAGAUGAGGACCUGUGAGGAGCCCCGCCCCCCCAAUGGCCCCUCCCCCAUCGCCAUCACCGCUGGCCAGAGUGAGUACGGCUUUGCGGAGAAGGUGGUGGAGGGCAUGUCGGUGGUCAUCAACUCCAUCACCAUCAAAGUGCAGGCGCGGGCGUUCCGCGCGUCCUUCGAGCUCUGGCAGCUGCAGGGAAACAGCCUGAACCCCAAGUGGCAGCGCAGCGACCUCCGCUACACCCGCAUCACCGACCCCAAGAGAGGAGAGGUCCUGACGUUCAAGGAGAUAAACUGGCAGAGCCUGCGCAUCGAGGCGGACGCCAUGGAGAGCGGGGAGCAGGACCUGGGCAGCACCCCCCUCAGGCUCAUCACCAACCAGGGCCGCAUCCGCAUCGCCCUGAAGCGCCGGGUGAAGGACUGCAAUGUGCUGGCGUCCAAGCUGCUGUUCAUCCUGGACGACCUGCUGUGGGUGCUGACCGACUCUCAGCUGAAGGCCGUUAUCCACUACGCCAAGUCCCUGAGCGAGGCCAUGGAGAAGUCCGCUCAGCAGAGGAAGAACAUGGCCGCCGAGUCGCUGCAGACCGCACCCCCGUCCCCUGGGAUACACCCACUCUGGACCGAGCCCCCGCCCCCUCCCAGUGGCACCCCCAGCACUCUCAGCCAGUACUUUGAGCUCCACAACGUCAAGGAGUCAUCCUACCACACCCACAUAUCCCGCCUGGACCUGCACAUCUGCAACGACAGCUCCUCACUCAACCCAGACGAACCUCAACCGCGGAACGCCCAGGGGGCCAUGCAGCUGACCUUUCGGAAACUGGGCUUCGACUACUACCCCUUCCACCGCCCCGGCGAUGGGUGUCGUCACUGGGAGCGUCACUGUGGGGCGAUGGACCUGCGGGCUCAGUGGGCCAGUAAACUGCUGCAGGAGUUCCAGAAGCGCGUGGAGGCGUCCGGCUUUCCCGGGCCGCACUCGGAAGACCCCUCUGCAGCCAGGGACUCCCCCUCUAAGAGGGCCCAGGAGGGAGAGUCCACGCCGAAAUCCAGCCCCCCUGACCGAGGGCAGACGUCCCGCCGGAGCUCCAACGCCCCUCCCCCGACCUCCAGCCCCCAGCGCAGCCCCUGGAAGAGGCUGCACUCCAGCGUGGUGGUGGUACGAUUGGACGACUUGGACAUCCAUCAAGUGUCCACUGGGGGGCGCCAUAGCAAGAAGACCCAGUCCCUUCUGUCCUGCAACCGCAAGGCCCUCGCAGACAACGUGCCUGCCAUCCACCUGCAGUUUACAGAGUACUACUUCCCCGACAACCCCGGGCUGCCUGUGCCCUGCUCCAACCUGUACGGGCAGCUGAACGGCCUGCAGCUGUGCCUGGACCCGGCCAGCCUGCUGUGGAUGAACCUGUUCUCCCAGGGCCUGCUGCGGACCCUGGAGCAGGUCAAGGCCUUCUACCACCUUCAGGACAGCGGCAAGGGGGAGGAGCAUGUGGACGCGCGCGUGGACGCCGCCCAGCUCAAGCUGGUGAUUCCGCUGGAGUCCUCCAUCUUGGACCACCCGGACCGGCCCCAGGCCCUGACCGUCGGCAUCCCCCAGGCCGUCUUCAGCAACACCCGCCACUCCCCCCACGCGUCCCGGGCCGACCUGCAGGGCACCUACCGCUCUUUCUCCUCCCCCUUCUUCCAAGCCCCCGCCCCCUGGCCCUUCCCGCGCGACCAGAGCACCUUCCACCCCCUGCCCCCAGCCUUCCUUCGGCACGCUCUGGACACGGACCCGCCCCCCCUCUCCGAAAAGCGGCCGCCCCGCAGCCAGGACGUCUGGUCCAUCAGCCUGUCCCGUCUGGGGCUCUGCUUCGAGGGGGCCCGCCGAGGCCCCAAGGGGAGGGCCCUGCCCUUCAUUGAGCCUUUCACCAUGGCCGUUUGGAUGUGCCGUCCGGCAGCCUUCGAGCACGGGCCCCUCCCCUCCUCGCCCCCGGGCCCCGCCCCCAACCUCAAAAGCUCCAGCAGCUUCAGCAACCACGUGGACUCCUCCCCCGAGAACCACGAAGGCGGGGUCAACAAGUCGAACACCGCCCACAACCUUCACGGCGUGGAGGAGGAGAAGGAGGCGGAGCUAGGACGAGAAGACUCCGCCCCCUCGGCCUCCGUCCAUAUCCUGGCCCAGGCCAUCACUCCGGUCAAGCUGUGGCUCAACCACUACCAGUAUGUGGCGCUGCUGCGGAUGAAGGACUCCCUGGCGAGGCUGGGGGCGGAGCUUGCGCGGGACACCCAGUGGGCGGGCGGGAAGCAGGUGGAGCCGCCCACCGUGUGCGUGGCGCUCAUGGUUGACACGGCGGAGGCGGGGCUACUGCUGCCCCCUGUAGCUGGCGAGCCCGAGCAGGAGGCCCGUUCCCCGGAGGAGACGGACAGCCCCAGCCUGUCCGACUCGGAGGGCUCCUCCACCAGGGAGCCCGCCGCCGGGGACGGGCCGCUCGAGGACGGCGGGGUCGCCAACGGCAACACCCCCUCCGCGCAGGAGCAGGAGCCGGACGGGCCGGUGGAGGAGGCCUGCGAGGCGAUGGAGGAGGCCCUGGAAGGGGAGGAGGGUCAGGAGGAGGACUCCCCGCUCCUGUCCCCGCCCCUCUCCCCGGUGACCCGCCCCCUGAAGUCCCGGGACGCGUCCUCCUUCAGCCUGGAGGGGGAGCUGUCCAGUGCGCUGACCGCCACCAAAGACGCCACCAAGGAGGCGCUGACGGCCUCGCUGGACCUCACCAAAGGGGCCCUGUCCAUCACUAAAGACGCCUUCAGCAUGCUGAGCCGCGGCUCCGCUAUGAGCAAGAUCUUCACCCCCCAGGCCAGGGAGCAGCCCCAGGACCCCGCCCCCGGGAACCUGCGCCUGCAGUCCAUGAAGCAGUCCCCCUCCCAGCACUCCUUCGACAGCGCCAUCAUGGACGGCAGCCUGCCCGAUGACGGGCUCUCCAUGGACAGCGACGCCAGCGACAACUUCAUCAUCCUCGACUCCGAGUCAGGCCUGGAGUCCCUGCGCCCAGAGAGCGCCCCCUCCCUGCCAGCCGACCCGUCCGGCAGCGCCAGCCCCGCCCCGGGCACGGAGGGCGGGUCCUCGGCCGACCUGAGCAGCUCCCUGUCCCAGAGCAUGGAGGACGUGGCCCAGGACACGGCCUCAGUAUUGCUGCUGCAGCUCAGUGUGGUGGGCUGCGUUGUUGACAUGAAGGGGGAGGACCUGGUGGUGGCGCUAGAGGCCCAGGACCUGAUGCCCAAACAGCUGGGCAACCAGAGAGUGUCUGAGCUGCUGGGGGGCGGGACCCUGGUUGGGUCCUCCCCACACCGGUCCCCAACCCCAGCCCCGGCCCCGUGGAAGGGCCCCCGGGAGGCCCCGGCGAUGAGCGUGCGGAUGGAGAUGGGCCCCUCGGCGGGCCGCCACUCCCCGCUGGCGGAGUCCGCGGGCUUCCUGGAGCUGCGCGUGCUGGGCUGCCAGGCCCAGCUGCUGGCCUCCACCCUCUCCAGCCUGGGGCCCUUCCUGGAGGACGAGCUGAGCGCCGACGUGCAGCCCAUGAGGCUUCGCCUGGACCGCACCCGCAUCACGCUCAAGGAUGAUGGGCCCAAGAUCUACCCCACCGCCCCCCGGCCCGUCCCCGUCAUCUUCGCCCUGGACCAGGUGGUGCUGGAGCGUGCCGACGAUGGGGUCUUCUGGCUCAGGGCCAACAGAAGUGUGACGCCAAAGCACUGCGAUACAUCAGGUGAGGAGGACACUGCGAACCAAGCUGAGGCAUGCUGGGAGCAAUCCAAUUGUGCUGACUCCGCCCCCCAACUGGACAACAAGGCCCAGUCCCUGGAAUCCCAGCUCUCCGACGCUCAGGCCGAUCUCGCCCGAGCCCUCUCAGAGAGAGAGCGCCUCCUGCUGGAGAUCCGCAAGUACGACCCACUGUUUAACCUCUGACCUCCCGCCGUUUAACCUCUGACCUCCCGCCAGCAGAGGGAGCCAUGCGGCAAGCGCAGGGGUUAACACGGCGAGCCGAGGAGCAGGCAGAGCUCCUGGGAGCAGGUAAGGGAGUGUGGGGGACACAGAGCACAAGGCCCAGCGCUCCUCGAACCCCGUGUCCUCUGCUUCAGCCAGCCAGAGGAGCGCACUGCGGGACCCACUUGAGAAGCUUAUAAAAUGGCGCACAACAGCAGUGGGGAUUCCCAGUGAAGCGACGGACAGGCGACCUUGUCCUGUCCGUCUGGGGCCCCCCAGCCUGCACCCUCUGCUUCUAUGCCACUCCAGCAUCCCCACCAAUCAAUGAAGAGUUAAUGUCACACUUAAAUCAAUUGCGUAGUCUCCCUGAAUCGCUUUCCUCUUAACUCCACACCAAGGCGAAUUUCAUUGUUUCAAAAAGCUGUGUCCAGUGAAUCAACCUCAGGUGUAAGUAAGGCAAGUUCUCCCGGUUCCAUGGUGGGAAAGGAAAGAGGAUUUGACCCGCCUGCCUGAUGGUUGAGAUCAUUCGGGAUUGGGCUCAGACGCUGAUAUCACACGUGACCGGUUUUCUGCCUUCUCAACCGACGACUUGAAAAAGUGCGCCUUCCUCAGUUUUUGAUGCUCCACCCUGGCUGGGGAAGUGAACUUUACCUCUCGAACCGUGGACUGCAGAGACGCGUCCUGUUCCGUGGCACGUGCGGUCUUGCCGCUGGACCUGACAGCAGUGAACAGUUAUUAUUCUGAAUUCAGCACGUGCGCACACGCAUAAACACACACAUACUCACACACGAGCCACAGCCAAACACGUGAUGAACGUUCCCGGUCUGGCAAGAGACAGACUCGUUCAUCUACUCAUUUAGCAGCGGGGUGAACGUGGUCGUUUUAGGUUCAACUAACUGUUGCCAAAAACCGGUUGCCUGUUUCACUGCCAGAGUGCUCUCAGUACUUUUGUUCGUCUCCUUUAAAUCCAUUGUUUUGGUGCAGGAAUAAUUAACCUUCAGGCAUGUUGUGAAGGCCACUACUAUUCAGAGAAUGCAGAUGUGUGAGUUUACAAGAGCCCAGAGGGCUUCAAAAAGCGUAGACAUUAGAAAUAUGUGCAAUGUACAGUAUCAACUGUAAAAGCGUAGACAUUAGAAAUAUGUGCAAUGUACAGUAUCAACUUGUUAAUAGAUGUACAUAACUUAUGUCUGUAUGUAUAUAUGUGUCAUUUUAAUGGCUGUUGUUUAAAUAACAAUGUAAUGCCAUAGAGCCGUUUCUUUAGGGAAGGACAAGGUGAAGAUCAGCACUUUUGACUAGACGCAGUUAUAUACUGUAAGGAAUUUGGCUCUACCUAGUGUGGGCACCAGGAACAACAACCAGGAACAACAACCCACCCAAUGCAGAAUAGUAUUACUGUACAGCAGCUUGCUGUACUGCUGCGUUUGCAGGCUCAGGACACGUCCUCAUUUGGGGUUUGGGCCCCCAGAUCAAAAGUAUUGCCAUCUAAGGCACAUUUUGUGCUGUAUUCUUUUAUCCGUUAUUUUGGAAGGUGCAGAAAAAAGAGAAAAAUAAGCUUAUGUUGAAAUCAAGGGAAAUGGUUGGGUGGACACUGGGUAAACCUUCCCCGAAUGGAACGGGAAGGUGAAUCCCUGAAGUUAACGGAUUUAAACACACCGUGACGCAGACCUUGGUUAAAACAUUACUUGGAUAAAUAGCGUAUCAGUGUUGUUCUCAUCUCAUGGCAUGGCAGGACACCUGGAAACCAGCUGGUUGUUGCCAUGACGUCCCAGUCAACCUCGUCAGGCAGGCCGUAAAUAAAAAUGUGGAAAUCCUGUCCUCCUUCGGACGAGGACGGCAAAUGUCCACAUCCUCUGAUUUGUCCCGAGAGGAGAAUGAUGAAACACUAUGUCAUACGUGUGGCCAAUCAGCAGCUGCAGCUGUCGAUGUGAAUGAACUGGAGCUGACCUGUGCGAAGCUCCUAACUCACCAGUGCCAGCUGCUUUCUGGUGCCUAGCGGAGGAUCAGUGGGGGGAAAGAUGAGUGUCCCGUGCCUGACUCGAGUGCCAAAGCCUCAAGACCCUGACUGUCUUUAAAGGAAGACCGGGUUAUUCAUUUAAAAAUGUGAUUUUUUUUGUGUGGUUUUGAAUGGACUUUUCAGUUACGCCUCCUACCGUUUUUACUUUGGUGUUACGGGAUUUUGAGAGCCACACCCUCGCACGCAUUCACGCACACUAAUGCACAAGGUCAAAUGUUAGUCAGUUAAUCCAAAUGAUAAGUAACAAUGACCUGCAGUUACGGCCUGUGUCCUGCUAAUCAAGAAGAAUGGUUUUAAAACUGGAGAUAACACAUCAGUUCAGGUGAUGGCAGUCAUGUCCUCCUUUGAAAUUAUAUCUGUAUAAAACUGGAGUUGAAUGAUCAGGUAUUAAGCCAGAGGCAGUACUGCUGGGAUAAUGUUGUUAUGUAUUGGAACACAUAUCACAGACAAUGGAUUUACUGUCAACAUCAUUCAGCUGUCUAACAAAGGUCACUGGUUAUGCUGCUAAAGAUAUGUCAGUACCAUUGUUCUACAAAUGUGACCUCCACUUUCCAGAAUUCUCCUUUCAAUAUUCAUGCAUACAGACUGCAUGCUCUAAAAGUGUUAAGUCGUGAUUUUGUUAUUAGUUCAUCAUGACUCCUGCCGUUUCUUCUGUAGAUUAAUGAGGUGUUAAUUGUUGGAACUUGCUAGACCUAGAUUAGAUCAUCAGUAGUUUUAUUUGAAUUUACUAAAUUUGUCAUGGUCAUAAACGUAGGUCUACUCACUGGACAUUUGAGACCUCUGGUGGUCAGAAGAGGCCACUGCAGUAAGUCUCAAAUAGGCUGUCCUUGGCUGACUUCACUGAAAUCCAUGCCACUGAUUCAUCACAAUAACGUGUCAUUUCCGACACCUGGCUGAAACAUUGUCUUCCAAAAAAUAAACAUGUAUUGUAUAAUGUACCUGGGACAGGGUGCUUGGAAGAUAAGCGUUUUCUCCAGGUAUUAACACAAAAAUAGCUUUAGAAAUGCGGAAUGUGAAACUGGUUCACCUGUGCUGUACACGUGUACUGUACUGGACUGAACUGCGCAAAUGUUUGUUUCUGUUACUUUGCUGUUAUAUUGUGCUUGUGGGAUUGGUGAUCGAUCCAUUAUAGGCUGUCUAACCAGUGGAUAUCCAGCUUGGAAGAAAAACCUUAUAUGAAGUAGAAAGUUUGGUACUGCUGCCUGGACAUAAAUAUAUUUUGACAGGGAAGUGAAGGGCAGGUAUCAGUUUUGCGAUACACAAGUACUGAACUGACUAUCACACUGCUUAUUUCAUCUUCAUCUUUUCAGCACUCCCCUGACUACUUUCUAAAAGACAAUCUUAUGAAUUAAGAGCAUCAGGAAUACUGCAUUCUUGACCUUGGUCGCACAACUUCAUGACCAUUCAUAAACAGAUUACAAUGCUUUGGCUUCAGUGUUAGGGAGACCGCAAAUUAAAUGUUUAAAAUACAGAACUGAGGAGGCUAUCUGGUACCACUAUAGAAUAUUUGGCUCCACUGCCCUACACAGCACAUUGGGCUGUGGUCAUAGGGCAACCCUGGAGGACAGAUGCUUGUUCUUGGGGCCACUGGCCACCCACUUGUGACAGUUCAGCUGCAGACUGGUUUCCAUUUGCACAUGGACUUUUAAGCCUGUUCUGCCUGUGGCCUUGGAAGCUUGUGGGAUUUUGAAGGGAGGAGAUGGAAUGAUGGGUGGGGCUAAGGCUCCCAUUGCUCCCUGUGUGUCAUGUGGGAAUUCUGCGACCCCCCGAACCACAGGUUACCAUGACAGCACGCCGUGCCCUCGCCCAGUGAAUGCCACUGACGCAUGCCUGUGUCUCAGCACCAAGCCCAUUCACUCUUUCUGUUACAUAAAGCAUCUGGAUUCCUGGGCAAAUUAUUUACUUUUACCAAAUGGAAAAAUAUUUUAAAAUGGUGCAAAUAAUGGGUCAACAGUCCAGUGAUGUAGCCAUGUAUGUAUAGCAAUGGGUUUUAGACCUGGAAGGGAAUGAGUGUUUGUGCAAAAUCUAACCUUUUUAUGGAGACAUUGUAUUAUUUCUGAAAUGUUUUAGUACGAGUAAGAGUACGUUUAGGUUCUUUAUGCUUUUUAAACAACUGUGCAUUCCUUAGUUCAGAGGGGCUGACCCAGGUCCUGGUGAGCUGCAGGGUCUGCUAGUUUUUUUUUUACUCAGUACGUAAUUGAUCAAUUAAAGCAGGUGAUUACAGUUAACUUACCUUACCUGGUUUCUUUGGUCUAAGUGGUUGUUGUAUUUAAGGUGAAAACAAAAACCAGCAGACCCUGCUGCUCCCUAGGACCAGGGGUGCCUCCCCUCCCCCCUCGCCCUAGUUUUUCAAUGAAGUGAAUUCACCAAAGACCUACACAGGCCUUUUUAUUUUUGUGAAAACCUCAAGAGGGGGAGGGAAGGCUGUGUCUUCAGUAAACUGGCACAGAGAUGAAAUCUGUAAGAAACUGUGUCUACCUUUGGAUUACAGAUCACCAUUAAUGUAUGGCACUGCAUAUUAACUUCAAAUUGCACUGGCUUGAAAGAGUGUAUUUAAGAUAGGACCCCAGUUGUUCUGUUGAAUACAGCCUUAUUUGGGUGAUGCAAAUUGAUGUGAACCGUUGUGGAGCCUCUGAGGCGCUAUUUGGUCAUGCGCAAGUUUUAGAAAUGCUACUUCAACUUUUUAUUUGUAAUGUCUUCACGUCAUUCGGUAUAAACUACAACUGGGUUCUGUGAACCAGCACAGUAUGUGUGACAGUGUUACAGAUCUGAUUGAAUAAAAACCUUGAUAACUCCCCCUGUG